GUCAAUCCACUAUAGCAAAACUUCCUUGUGACAUCACCUAUAUAACAUCUAGCGUACCAGCAAUCUUCCAGUCCCUCAAUCCCCCAAUUUUCUCCUCUAUCACCAUGUCUGGAACGCUCGCUCUGACGGAAACACCAAUCAAAGGUUACGCCCACUACUACACGUCUCCAGAAGCCUCCCAGCUCGCCGCAGGAGGAAAAGACAUGCCUCUAAACCUAUCUUUUGAAAUUGCAGAAGACGAUGAGGGUAUUUUUAUCUCAAAGGCAGCUGCGGUUUGGCAGGGUGCUAUUCCUAAGAGAGCGAUGGUUCCGCUUCCUGCUCGAGCACGUGCGAUGCAUGCAGGCACUACUAGCUAUGUUCAUGGUCAUGCCGUCGCUCCUCCGGUCGAUCCUAUUUCCUGCGAUGGCAAUACGUCACACCACAUGCAAAUAUGCAAUGACGAAGUGGCGCAAGACGCCUCCGACGUAUUUCAGAGUAUCUCGGCGACACCGGGUCUUCGGUCAUGGAGUUUUGAGGAACUCCGUACAGAAUGCUAUUCGCAAUCUCGUCUUGCUACUGGCGUUGCUCCUAGAGCAGUCCCUCUUGGCGCGCCGUCCUGGAUGAUUAUUCCCCCAGCUUUCACUCCCUACAAAGCGAUGACUUAGUUUAGAUGCUUCCAGUUGUGCGAUAACCAUGUAUGGUAGUUCGAUCUUGAGUGUGUAAAAGGUUAUAAUGUGUAGUACUAUGU